CCUGGCCUCGAUGCUUCUCCUGCUAGUCAGCAUUACUCUGGCUACAGAAACCGGCAACAGCACCGACAUUGAAGUUCCGGAGAGAAGAGCCCAGAUAUUAUCGGACGUUCCUUCUACCGCAGCCUUCAUUGAUUCCACUGAUCUAGCCGUGGUCGGGUUUUUUGUGGUAGGUUCUUACAGCUGACGUUUGCCCAUUAUGCUGUAUGUCGGUGGAGGACGCCUUUACAUGGUUCUGCUCUUCUCACAGGAUCCAGAGACUCCAGAAUUUGAGUAUUACAAUACACUUGUUAAAAAUCAUCCAGAAUGGGAUUAUGGCUUCACAACCAACAAAGACGUCCUGAAGCACUACAAGAUAAAGAGUAACACCGUCAGCAUUUUCCGCCAGACAGAUAAUUUCCGGGAUGAUUUAGUGGUGGAGGAAACGGCAGAACUUAACACUGCAAAACUUUACCGAUUCCUUACGAUCAAUGAUUUGAGACUGGUGACAGAGUAUAACCCCAUGACGGCCAUUGGAAUUAUCGCCUGCAAUGUUCAGAUCCAUCUGCUCUUCUUCACACACAAGGACGUGGAAGGACAGGAGGAGAUCCUGAAGGAAUUACGAGAAGCCGCGAAGGAUCUCCGGGGGCAGGUUCUGUUUGUGAAGAUGGACGUCAACAUGAAGAGCAAUCAGAAGAUCAUGGCGUUCUUCAAGCUGACGCAGAGCGACCUCCCGCUCGUCUCCAUAUACGACACCGAGUCCAACAGGAAACGCAUCAUGGCGUCCGGUGAAAUUACCGCUGAGACCGUGAAAAAAUUCUGUUCAGAUUUCUUGUCCGGCGCAUUGGAAGAAGAAUCAGAAAGUGUGAAAACUGAACUAUAACAUCCGACCUUCGUGUUUUCUUUUUUUUACCUGAUUUUGUGUUUUUACAACUUUAAGAUAAUUUUUUUUCUCUUUUGUUUAUGAAACUAAAUUGUCAUUA